AUGGCAAGCACAACAGGGCCGUCAGAAAUAACCUCGGAGCCAACGUAUCGUUCAUUCAUUUCCGUUGAGCUUCCUUUUUGCAUCCCACGCUGCACCUCCUUGGGCGCGAUCGCAGAGAGUCAGGGUGAAGUGGAAAAGUUCAUUUCUCCUUCGUUUCUAGGGUCAUGUCUAGAUUGCACGCUGCAAACAUCUAAGCCUCCACACGUCAGCAAAAGCAACAGUAAAAAGCACAACAACCAGAAAGUCGAAUUGGCGGCCAGCCAAAGAAACACAACUCUUCCGCAAGCUGACACAGAAUGCCUUGGAGGGGAAUGUGCGGAAGAAGUAGAUAACUACAAGGAUGAGUCCGAGCAAAGCAUAAACCUGAAGAUUGGGGAUCCGAACGAGUACAAAAGCGAGCCUAUUUUUAGCGGCUGGUUGAGCACUAACUGGGGAAACGACACCGACACACCAGGCCUCGGCCAUGCGGCAGACAUUAAGAGUGGUCAUAGUGACACCCCCUAUGCGCGCUUUCGGCGUCUGGAUGUUUUCCCCUCACUCGAGCCGCAGCUGUUGCUACAUGGAUACUAUCGCAACGAUUUACUCGUGCGCCUCACACGACAGAAGCGUGUUCGUCGGUAUCGGAACACCACGACUGGAGAAAUUGCACGCGAAGAGGAGUUGCCGUGGUUAGAUAGUCGAGACGGCGACGCGGAGGACGGUGGGGAGAUGACGCCACAAGAUCGUGAGAAGCGUCGUGUUCGUGCUGAGGUGGUGGGCGUGGUUUCACGGGAAGUGACCCUGCCGCGCCCUGCGGACUUUACCUUUUCCCUUUUUACGCCAGAACAACAGAAACAGGAGCCCAUGCAGUGCAGCGGCGAUAUUUUCCCACCAUCGCGCUACCUUGGGGUCAAGGGUCGUGUAGAAGUGCCGUAUCUAAUGGGGAGAUAUGUUAAUCGUACGGUCAUGCCAACGUCGAGCGAAACGCAACAACACGGCGCAGGCGUCGUGGAUGAAUCUAUCCUCGAAGACGCGUCGAGGAGCCUCGCUAUGGCGCUCAACGUGGUUGUGCAGCCUGAUGACCCGAACCUACCGCCGGAGCAGUCUGCCGCGCAGAGGCAGUACCUUGCGGAAAUCGCCUGCUCGCCGACAGGGCUGUCCGCAGAGGACCCUGCCGAAGUGCGGGUAGUUGCGUCCCUGCUCCAGCACCGCCCCGCAUGGAUGAUCAAGGAUUUGAUGGCAACCGUCCUAGAGACUGGCCGGUGUCCGCGUGUGUACUUUAACAAGCAGGUGAUCCUUGCACUAACGUACAGCAUCACCACGGGUCCCUUCAACCGCCUGCGGGUGCGGCUGGGGUACAACCCCUAUGCCUCUGCGAGUAGUGUUAUUUAUCAGCGUUUCGCGCUUCGCUUUCUUCGUCGCUCGGAAAUAGGGAUGCAGCUGCGGGACCUGUCUCGCUCACUUCACAUCGAGCAGGUCAUCAAGCAGCUGUUGGAUACACAUCACGACAGCAUUGCUGAGUACAAGAAGCAAGAGCCGGAAGUCGUCAAAUCAACAUUGGUGGAGCAAAUGUGUCGUAUUGUGGCCAGUGGUGUGCUAUGGGCGCCGUUUCAGCUUAUCGAUGUCAUGGAUGACACAGCUAUUCGGGAGGUCGCGCUACAUUGCGGGAGUAGGGAAAAUAUGCCCCUAGAGAUGCGUCCGAGCCGACACGGCUGGCUGAGUGAGUCCUCAUUUCUCCAUAUCACGAACCUCUUUACCGACAAGCUCAACCUCUUUAUGAAGGACGAAGUUAUUCCCCUUCUACGCACGUUGAGCGGCGGGCAUGUGCAGCUCCCACCCGACGACGAGGAAAACGAAAGCGGCGAGGAUGAGAACGAGAACGAAGACGAUGACAGCAGCAGUGGGCAAAAAAGCUUCACUGGCAGCAGCGUCAAUUCUUCCUUCUCGAGAUCUUCUCUCUCCGGGACCGAUGAGGAUGAUGAUAAAGACGAAUAG